AGCUGCUCCAAGCCUCCAUGCUUCCCUGCUUUGCUAUGUGAAAUGAAACACGUGGAUUCAGACAUUGAGAUUUCCCCAUCGUCCCUUGUCCCACCAUUAAAUUUCCUUCUCUCCCCCCAACGAAAUAGCAAAAACAAUCGUUCCAUUAUCUGUGGAUUUCUGAUUCCAUUUCUCAAAGUACUUUUUGCCUCUCCUCCUGCUCCUCCUCCUCAGGGAAAUGAAAAUCUAUAUAAAUGGUAGAGUUUUUCAAACCCGUAUCGUUAAUUCUAAAUUUAGAUAUAGAGAUUAGAAAGUGGUACAGAAUUCCAUGAGGAGAUUAGAGAGGGAAAAACAGAGCACAUUUAAGUAGUCCACGUCAGCCAAUAUAAGUGCACUUCCACCGCAUCAAUCACGAAUCCCAUUCAUCUCGCAAUUCACCAGCAAAUGACAUGAAACCAACUUUUACGCCAGAGUCUCUCAAAGCGGAAUGCUGCGUCCCUCGUUCUCCUUUCCUUACAUUAUUAUUACAAAUUUACAGGUUUCUCAUUUCUUUUCCCUACUCCACCUAAUCUUUGCCCUCACACAAAUCAAUCAUUUCCUCUGCCUGGGCUUCCUCAUUCCAUCAUCUAUUUCUCUCGUUUAGAUGAUGAUGUGUUAUGAGGAGGAUGAUAAUCAUUUGGGCCAUUUUUGAAAAUCCAGAGGAAAUCUUUCUUGGUGCUGAAAUAUUGAAACUUGCAGGCAGCAUUGGCCUGCUGUAGACAUUGAACGGGGUGCUAUUGUUCCUUUUUUCUUUUUCUUCGUUGUGUCGACAAGAGAUUUAUUGGGGGUCAAUUUGCAGUAUUUAAAUAAUUGUGGGGUCUGAUUGAAUAAAAAUGGCUGGGCUGGCACAGAAGUCGUUCGUGUCUUUGAGUUUGCCUGAGUUUGACUCUGGCCAUUGUUCACCCUUAUCUGGAAAGUUGGGGUUCUUGAAGGUGCCGGCGGCUUUUGGGAUUGGCCGUGGCUUCGAGGUGCGAUCGGGCUUUCAGGCGCCAAUUAAGGCAAUGGAGAGCUCCAGAACGCCGUCGUACGUUGUCAGUAACAAACUUGACAACUUUCACGAACUUGACCAGCCCGGUUGCAAUCCCAAUCCUGACGAUAAUGUUCCUGUAAAUAGUUGUAAAGAUACCUUAAAAACGUCAAAUGUUGGAAAUUCCACAAAUAUUCUCUGGCACAAGUGUUCAGUGGAAAAAGUUGAUAGACAGGAAUUGCUUCAGCAGAAGGGUUGUGUCAUAUGGAUUACUGGUCUUAGUGGUUCAGGAAAGAGCACUUUGGCGUGUGCUUUAUGUCAAGGCCUGCAUGCCCGGGGAAAGCUAACAUACGUUCUUGAUGGUGACAAUGUUCGACAUGGUCUGAACCGUGAUCUUAGUUUUAAGUCAGAAGAUCGCGCAGAGAACAUCAGAAGAAUAGGUGAGGUAGCUAAACUCUUUGCUGAUGCUGGAGUUAUUUGCAUCGCUUGCUUGAUAUCUCCCUACAGAAAGGACCGAGAUGCUUGUCGUGAUUUGUUGCCAGAAGGAGCUUUUAUUGAGGUUUUCAUGGAUGUCCCUCUUCAAAUUUGUGAGGCAAGGGACCCCAAGGGUUUAUACAAGCUUGCGCGAGCUGGAAAAAUUAAAGGCUUCACUGGGAUUGAUGAUCCGUAUGAGCCACCACUCAAUUCAGAGAUUGUACUACAACCAAAUGACGGGCCAGGUGGUUCUCCUAAAGAAUUGGCUGAAAUUGUCAUCUCAUUUUUGGACAAAAAUGGAUACCUCCAGGCAUAAACUAUUUGGCUCUUUGGGUAGAAAUUCUCAUUGAUUUUUGGACGGAUAUCUCUAUACAUUCAGGCCUAGCUUUCUUUGGGACUUUCAUCAUUUGAUUCUGUUUGAUAUUCAAUAUGUGCAGCGGUUUUGAAAAUAAUGAAUGUAUUGGAGAGGAAACAGCUCGUUUCCUCAGUGCAUAAUUCGUGUUGAAAAUAAUGAAUGUAUUGGAGAGGAAACAGCUCGUUUCCUCAGUGCAUAAUUCGUGAUGUAUGAUAUAGUACAGAUUAAUCUUUGAUUCUUUGAUUACAAAAAGAAGUAGAUCCGUUACUCUUCAUAUUUUGUUCCAAUGGUGAUGUACUGCACACACCCAGUAGCAGCUCAAAACAUGGGUUCUCUUUUUUUGUUUUUCCCUUUGGAGCAAGCAUUUUUGCCUAGUUUGAGGACCCCUUUUUGAGAAGAAAGAUGAGCUCCAUUCUUGUUUUAUGUACUGUGUUACAAGUAACAUGUGGUGAGGUCGAUUAUGAUUGUUGUUGUAGAGAUUCUGCAAAUUCGUAAAAUUGAAUAAAGAGA